GCCGUCAGGACGAACCAUGCUAGCUCAAGGUCACUGAGAGACAGCGAACGAUGGCGCUAAAGCUCUCUAUAUCUGGCCAGUGCGCCAGAAGAGUGUGUCCAAUAGCAGGAUUUCUACAAAUGCGACACCGUGCAUGCGAUCGGACAACACAUUGCUCCUACUGAAGUGCUACAUCUGGUAUCGAUUGGUCUAUUCUUCAGCCCCGGCCGAACAGCUGCUUGUGCUUCUCAGCAGCGCCGCGUUUGCCCUCGUCUGCCCUCCAAGCCUUCAAUCCAGCCUGAAUGAACGUGAUAUCCGCCUAAUUCGUCGGCAAGGAGAUUCUGAGCGUACUGCUUGGCCUCCUUUGAAACUCAGGGAUUGCUCGGGGGAGUACGUUCUUGCCAGGGCUACCUUUUGGAGGAUUGGAACGGAUAGACCUGCGGCUCGCAGUCACUGAGGGCGCAGAUGGUCUUCAACGCUACACAUUGUGAUCGGAACAGAGUUUCUGAUUGUAUUGUGUGCGAUUUUGACUCACACGGCUACUUAAAACUGGUAGAUAGUUGCUGUUGCUGCUUCGA